UCAAAUCGACAUCAAAUUUGAUUUUAAAAAAUAAUACAAAUCGGACCAAAGAGGCCCGUUCUGGUCAGGUUUAUAAUCCAAGGGGAGGCCACCGGUUCCAUGAUGGGGUGGCGGUCUGCGAGCCACUUAUAGAACGCCGGCACUCCCAUGGCUUCCCGGCACUCUUCCGCUCUCUUUCCCUUUCCCUCUGGUGCCUCUUUAAAAUCUUGAAAUAGGUAGAGAAGCUGGAGAAGCGGAGAUGGAAGCGAAGAAUAUGGCAGAAGAGAAGCCACGAGAUGGGAUUCGCACCCAAUCCGCCAGGACAUUCUCAACCUCGGGCGAUCGGAGGAGAAGAAGAGGAGACGUUCCGAUGGAUCUCGAAGAGAAGGAGGAGGAGGAUAUGGGCAACUGCCGGCGAGGAUGGAAGAAGAAGAAGAAGAGGAGACGGUUCGACGCCGACGGAUCUUGAAGAGGUGGAGGAGGAGGAAGAAAAAGAAGAGGAUUCCAUCUCAUGUGCCCAAUUUGGGAUUUUAAGCGAACUGAGCCCAAGGCCACGGACACAGUGAAUAGAGCCACUCGGCCGGACCGGGCUCGAGUUGGGCUUCAAUACGUAAACUUGAACCUGGCCCAUUUAACUGCAAAUUUCUAUUUCAGGCCCGGUUCUCCAGGCUAAUAAUUGGUAUUGGGCCGGGCAGCAUAUGCGGCCCCUCACUUUGAGUACGAGUGUACGACUGAAGGUACGGGGCCCCAGCAUAUAAGACCAUCCGUUGGGGACGCCAUUGAAACGACCGCUGGAGCGAGGCUGUGACGCCAAAACCCCGCUCCCUUCUCCACCGCCAUUGCUGCCGGAUUCGGCGAUCUCCCUCUCCGUCUCGGUGACGCCACGGUUAUUUUCUUUUUCAGAUUUUUUAUUCUUGCUGGUUCGAGUGAUCCACGGUUCUUGGGGAACAUCUUUUUGAGGAUCGGCACUAUGUGGAGAAGGAUCGGGACACCACUUCUUGGUGAGUUUAAUCAACUUGUUUUCAUUAUAGUUUGAGAUGUUUGAUUCUAUGAUUUCGGGGUUUCAGUCGUUUUUACCCAGCCAUCCGGUGGCUACGGCCAGGAUUCUGCUCAUCCUAAGGUCAUGAUGAAGGUAAGUGUUUGGAAUUAUAGAUUCUUGUUACGUUGGAGGCGUCUUGAUUCGUGUCUUGCAAUGUAAAGCGUUCCCUAGAUUCUAAUAUUGACAGCUUUCUUUUUUCUCUCUUAUUUUGUUAAAUUUUUGUACAGUUAUUCAAGAUAACAUACCAGUACCUGAUAGAUGCAAUUAUGACUGUUUUUUUUUUAAAUGGAAAAACUUGAUUUGAUUCUUGGUAAACCAAGGAUGAACACUGGGAUAUUUGACUUGGCUGGUACAAUAUGUUGAUGUAACCUACAAAGAUAUUUUGCCUGGGACUUUUGUGCGUUCUACCAUUGGAUGUUUGUUUGGGGGAUAUUGUCUAAUAUUUGAUCGUAUGUUGUCUUUCAGAUGCAUCUUUAAUUAUCGGUCGUUUCCUAAUCAUCUUAAUCUGUUUUUGAUGUUGUUUAUCUGCAAGUAGAAGUGAUCUGUUGAUGCAGGAGCGCGAGCCCAAAUCAUGAUGGAUGUACGUCGAGUUUGGAUUCUUGCUUGGGAGUGCCCGAAAACACAUUGGGUUCUAGCAUUUAAUUGGAUUGAGUCUAUUUUAUUUUGGUCACAUUGAGUCCUUUUAUUUUGGAUUUAUUUGAGUUCUUAUUUUGGGUUUGCAAUUUGCUGAUUUAUGUUUGUAAUUGAAUGCCAAGUGGCAUCAAAAGAGUCCAUAUUAUGCAAGGAUUGAGUCAAGUCAUAUUGGGUCAUGUGUGGAGAAUUUAAUUUAGUCAUGUGAGUGAAAUUCAGUCCUUAUGUGAGAGGAUUGAGUCCAUGUGUUUAAGAUAGAGUCCUUGUAAUUGAGUGCCAUUAAGAAGGAUUCCUAAUGCCGUGAAGAUCAUCACUCAUCAUGUGGAGAAGUUCAACCAUGAAGAUCUUGCACAUGUGGAAGGAAUUCAGAUUUCAAAUUCAGUUGAAGUUCGUGACAGAUUGAACACCAUAUAGUAUUUUGCAGAUUUGGGAAGCUACAGAAGUCCGAUCAAGUUGAUUCAAAUUUUGUUGGAAAGUAGACAUCCAUAGCUUUUCAAUGACUAUAAGAACAUAAAAUUUGGAGAUCGGAUGAAUUUUGAGGAGUCUCCCGAACUUCAUGCUGAUGCUGGUACUCGAGAAGGAGUUUGAGUCAAAGUAGGAAUUGUAUGCAGUUGAAGAUUAUCCAUUUAAGCUCCAACCCGCACACAAUCACGGGGUGACACUUGUCCAAGCUUUAGUUGACAAGUUGUUUAGGAAGUUUAUCAUUUGAUUUGAAUUUUAAAAAAGUAUCCUUAUUUGGUUUUGAGUCCAAGUAAAGUCUGGUUGUAGUCCUUAUCUUUUUCAACCUUCUUUUCUAUAUAAAGGAAGGUAUGAAGAAUAAAAUUCAGAGAAGAAAAGUUUUGGACGAAAUUUGUGAGAAAUCUCUGGGUAUUCCAGUGUUCUUUCGUGAGUAGAGAUUCCUCUACAUGCUUGGUGAGAUUCCAAGUAAGAUUGGAGAGAAGGUGAGACUCCUUCCUCUCUAAUGGUUGGAUCUUUUGGAGGUGAGACUCUUCCAUUGGUUCAAUAGUUAUCCUUUUUAUUCUUUACUUUAAUUUCUUGUUUUCUGUAGUCUUCUUCAAUAUCAGAUUCUAUUCCAUUCAUCUAUCCCAUCUACAUAAUUUACAGAUUUUAGUUUUUCUCCGAAAUCCAAAUAAUUCAGCCAUACAAUCAUCUCAUCCUUGUUCCCUCUUUGAAUCAAGUUUUUUCUUUGUUUAAAUCUUCUGGAAUCAUUCCAUCAUCACUAGCCUUUCUCCCAUGUCUCCCAUGAUCCAAAUCCCAUCCUUUUUCCUUGAAAAUCCACGUCCGGAUCGAGUUCUACAAGUUCAGCCCUCCAGCGAGUCCUGAAAUUCCUGCAAGAGUCGACCUCCCCAAUCUUGAGUCGACUCCACAUCGUCUCGAGUUGACUCCUUCCCCAUCGAGUCGACUCCAAAGUCGGCAUGAGUUGACCCCUGAGCUUCGUAGGUCGACACCGUCUGGGACAACAGAGAGCCAGUUCUCCUGAUAUGCUCUGCGAGUCGACCCCUUCAUAACUCGAAUCUCGAAUGACUCUUUCAUACAGUGUGCAGAGUGCUUGCUUCAGCUCCAGCUACUAAAGCCAACCAAUAGAUCUGUUCAUACAACAAUAUUCCAACUUCGAUCCCAACCUUGUUCGAGUCGACCCCAAGGAAACUCGAGUCGACCCCAACUGGAAAAUAGAAGAAAUUAUCCUCUGGAUUCUCUGAGAGAGCCGACCCCAACCUAUCUUGAGUUGACCCCAGCCUGUCUCGAGUCGAUCCCUGCUUAGCCCGAGUCGACCCCAAGCCUGCUGACAGCCUACAGCGAGUUUGCAGAAGUAUUUUUCGAGGUUUCAUCCUCCUUCCUUCCAUCCACAUGAAGUCGUAGCGUCCAUUGCCAUUACCAGAGGAAAGAAAAGAGGAAGAAAAAAAAACAUCAAAGAGAAGUUUAGCCCUCGCCCAUCAUCAAGAAAAAAAAAUUACAGCAAUCUGCUCCCCGAUCUGCGUCAAGUGGUAUCAGAGCCCACUGCAUUUCCUUCCGAUCUGCGUCAAGUGGUAUCAGAGCGAAUCGAUCCACAAGAGUACUAGAAGAAGAUCUUCCCUCAGGAGGUAACAUCCAUAUCUUGAACUUUCAGAUCUAAUUUUUGGUUUGUUGGGUAGAUCUGAUUGAUUCAUAGAAGUUAAAGGGAUUUAAAAUUUAGCAUCUUAUACUUGUUUGGAAUCAUACAGAAAUUUCUACAGUAAUAAUUCUUGUUUGAGUUUGGUUUGGGGUAUUUUAAUUUUUGUUCUUCAUCUUUGUAAACCCCAUACCGUGGGAGAGUUGGAGGUUGAAUGAGUGGUGUAAAAGGAAAAAAAAAUAUAUCUGAAGUGGGUCGGAUCAUCGCUUGGGUGACGACCACUGGGGAUUAGAGUUUGAGAAAGAAGCCUUAAGGAGGGUCGGUUCAUUCCUUGGGUGACGGCCAAAGGGUUUUAUUAUCUCUGAUUUUGUUGCUGAUCCUAUUACACCAUCAUGAGGACAAGAUGUCGCUAUCCCUACUAUGAAGAUCGACGUUAUCCCUACAAUGUUGAUCGACGCCGUUCCUAUUACGAUGAUCGUUGCCAUCCCUAUAAUGAUGAUCAACAACUAGAAGAAGAUUGGUGGGUUAAACUUAGGUAUCAACUCCACCAAAAUGCUAUCUUGUUAGAGAAGUUGGAUCGUUCGGAGGUGCGUCAACGACAACAAGGUAUUCUCCCUCCCAAACGAUCUGAAAUUUUUGCAAAUAGAGUUAUAUUUCCGAAGCAAGGAACAACAAAAUCCAGCAAAAAAAUAAUGAGUCUCAUGCCGCAAAGAAGAGGCAAACCCGAUUGCUCCAAGUGUGGUGGCCGAGGGCACCUCGCUGAUUUUUGUCCCAAUAAGGAUCAGCAGAUAUUCGAAGAAGAUCUUGAUGCUGAAAAUUCAGCAGCACCAUCUGAAGACGUCCCUGCCACUGCAAUCCCUUCCCCUUCCCCUAAAGUUCUCCCUCGACCUGCUAAGGUUGACGACGAGGAAGACAACGAGGAAGAAGAAAUUUCAGAGGUGAUACUAUCUAUAUCUGAACCUAUUUUAAUUGAAUUUCUUGAUGUAACUUUAGAAGAAUUGCCCGAGGAAGAUAGUUCACAAGAUUCAGCAGAGAUCAACCUUGAAUUCGGAACCACGCAUGCAUCGAUUGUUAUGAAAGAUGGUUCUGAAAUUUUAAAAGAAGUAUCAUCUGAUUUCGAAGUGGGUGAUUUGAUCCUUACUUGGCACCAAGAGGAACAAACCAGCGAAAAGGAAGCAACCAUGUUCGCAUCGGUUGGUUCUAAAAUUUUAGAAGCUGAUGCGGAGGGUGCUGCAAGUUCAGAGGGCAGCAGCGAUGAGCUUCCAUUCCAAACAGAGGCGAGCAUGGAGGUUCUCCAUAAAACUGAGAUCAUGCUCGCAUUGGAUCUCCAGAAGACCGAUUCUAAAAUUUCAGCAGAGCAUGCAAUUUGUCUCGCCCCAACAGCACAGUGGGCGCCCCCUUCAACCGUGGACCAAUGCUUGCCAUGCAUCAGCCUCGCGCGUACCAGUCAAGCGUGUGCACCCACAUCAGAGUGCGCAGCGGUUAGCCGAGUCAUUCAUCCAAGCAACCAGCGCCCAUGCAGUAGACCAAUUUCACUUGGGCUAGAAAUUUUCAACUCAGCUCCACCUCGACGGAGUCGAGUUCUUUCUCAGCAGGGAGGAAUUGAUGCAGGAGCGCGAGCCCAAAUCAUGAUGGAUGUACGUCGAGUUUGGAUUCUUACUUGGGAGUGCCUGAAAACACAUUGGGUUCGUAAUUUCUAGCAUUUAAUUGGAUUGAGUCUAUUUUAUUUUGGUCACAUUGAGUCAUUUUAUUUUGGAUUUAUUUGAGUUCUUAUUUUAGGUUUGCAAUAUGCUGAUUUAUGUUUGUAAUUGAAUGCCAAGUGGCAUCAAAAGAGUCCAUGUUAUGCAAGGAUUGAGUCAAGUCAUAUUGGGUCAUGUGUGGAGAAUUUAGUUUAGUCAUGUGAGUGAAAUUGAGUCUAUAUGUGAGAGGAUUGAGUCCAUGUGUUUAAGAUAGAGUCCUUGUAAUUGAGUGCCAUUACGAAGGAUUCCUAAUGCCGUGAAGAUCAUCACUCAUCACGUGGAGAAGUUCAACCAUGAAGAUCUUUCACAUGUGGAAGGAAUUCAGAUUUCAAAUCCAGUUGAAGUUCGUGACAGAUUGAACAUAUAGCAUUUUACAGAUUUUGGAAGCUACAGAAGUCCGAUCAAGUUGAUUCAAAUUUUGUUGGAAAGUAGACAUCCAUAGCUUUCCAAUGACUAUAAGAACAUAAAAUUUGGAGAUCGGAUGAAUUUUGAGGAGUCUUCCAAACUUCAUGCUGAUGCUGGUACUCGAGAAGGAGUUUGAGUCAAAGUAGGAAUUGUAUGCGGUUGAAGAUUAUCCAUUUAAGCUCCAAUCCACACACAAUCACGGGGUGACACUUGUCCAACCUUUAGUUGACAAGUUGUUUAGGAAGUUUAUCAUUUGAUUUGAAUUUUAAAAAAAGUAUCCUUAUUUGGUUUUGAGUCCAAGUAAAGUCUGGUUGUAGUUCUUAUCUUUUCCAACCUUCUUUUCUAUAUAAAGGAAGGUAUGAAGAAUAAAAUUCAGAGAAGAAAAGUUUUGGACGAAAUUUGUGAGAAAUCUCUGGGUAUUCCAGUGUUCUUUCGUGAGGAGAGAUUCCUCUACAUGCUUGGUGAGAUUCCAA